ACAUUACUGACCUAAUCGGUGAAAUUCACCGAUUUGUAAUCCGUCUCUUUUGCCCAGAUUAAGCGCCGCUUCAGUUUAGCAUCCCUGUUUUACCCUCCCAUAGGCUUCCCCUUUGUUUUUCUUCUGUUCCUUCUAGCUUUUGCCGAUUUUCUCCCUCUGUUUUUUAUCUUUUCUUUUUUGCCGAUUUGCUCUCUCUGUUUAUUUUCUUUUCUUUUCUGCCGAUUUGCUCCCUCUGUUUCCCCUUUUCUGAUUACAGGUUCUUCUUCAUCGCACUGUGCCCCGAUUUGCUCAUUUACAGGUUAGUUUUUCAUAGUUAUUUUGUUUGUAUUGCAUGUCCGAUUGAAAUGUCAUUAUGUGAUGACCACUCGCAGAUGUUAUUGCAUCCUUUCGAGGCUUCCAUUCUUUGAAUUGCACUUUGGUGUUCUGAAUAGCAUCUUUGAUGAAGAAAGGUUGGAACGGUUAACAAAAAGUAUUGGUGAUAUGGAUUUGGAAUUGUCGGAGAGUUACAGCAAUGAAGCAAAUAUAGAUGAUGUGUUAACAGAUCAAGUAGCUCUGGAGGACAUGCAGAACACAAUGACCGAACCCUCUGAGAUAAGUUCAGGAGAUUCUAAACUUGGAGGUAAUGAUGAUGGGAAUGGCUUGGAGCAUCAAAUGCUUGAGAGUGACUUUGACUCAAACAAAGCUGUUAAUCAUGAUACUGUUGUUCCAGUUGACCUGGAAACUGAGUCGUUUAAAAGAGGAAGAGAAUCCAGUGGUGCGAAUCCUGAAGAUUGUGAUACUGAUGUUGAUGAUUUCACAACAAAUAAGCAAGCAGCAGAAAGACAUUUGCCAAAUGCUGUUUUGCCAUUUCUACGCUAUUAUCAGUAUGAAAGUUCUGAAUCUUCCUGCAGUUUUCAAGGUUCCCCUUGUGACGACAGGAAUUUGAGGAGUGAUGUUGAUGAUACAGAAACAGAAGAGGCUUCUAUUUCUGGCCAGGAAGAUUCCAGUGAUCACCUUGAUAUACUUGAAUGGGCUAAGAAAUUGUGGUUCCCUCCAAUUUCCAGGCAAACAAUCAUGGAUCAUUGCAGAUACUAUGUGAAUACUAUCGGUUACCUUGUCCAGAAAGGGGUUCAAAACUUAGGUUUCAUCCUUUGGAGCACCUUCAUCCACUGGAAUAUCAGAGGCCUGAUGAAAAAGUUUUGCAUAUUGCUGGCUCAACCAUUGAUUUGAGAUCUUGCAGUUUUAGGUUUUCCUCCUAGUUGAUUUUGAUGUCAU